GGCUUUUUUCUUCUUUCUUCUUUUGGGUUUGUUUCCAUUGAUCUGGUCGCUUGUUUCUCUCAUGUAACACUGAACAUUUGGGCUCUAACCUCAACCUCAAACUAGUUACCACUAGUCAAUUAAAUUUCUCAAGACAACAUGAAAUAAAAGUGGAAAUAAAAGUGAAUAUUGUUCAGGUGUCUCACAGUCAACAGGCUGCUGUAUUUUUCUUUGUGUUCAUGUUUUAUUAACUACAGUCGUCAUUAGUAAAGCAGUAAUUAGAGUCUGAUCAGGAUCUGCAAGCUUAAUGCAGAUGAUCCUUCAGUUAAUAGAUGAGCUCUUUAUGUUCUGAAUGGACUCAUCAUGAUGAGCAUAUAAUGUUAGGGACAAGCUGUUUUACAAAGACUGUCUUUUAAACUCUGUGAGUUGAUGAAGAGCAUCUAUAAAGUGUAGAUUUGUGAUGUUAAAUAGUAGAUUAAAUGAUACAGUUAUGGGUUUUACAUGGACUUUCUCUUCAGUGUACAGUCAUGUUGACGUGAUUACUAUUUAUAUCAUUUUUGUUGUUUUCGUGGCUGCAGCUCUGAGCUCAAACGCCCCGGAUGAACUUGAGCAGCUGACCGGGAAACAGUUGAUCCAUGCAGGCUAAAUUUAUCCCCUGUGGACGGUUCAAGUCGGCUGGAGGAAGACGCGUUUUGUUUACGAACCCGCGUUUAUUACGCAGUUGUGUUUACUACUUGUUAUUUACCUCCGCAGUUACUGGAACCGACUGUUUCUCUCCCUGGAUCAGAGUGGCCGGUUUGGUAACAUGGCUGAACCCGCAGGAAAGAGGUUAAAGAGCAGCCUGCCGCUGUGCAAAGCGCACCGGAGCUCCACGGGCAGCCGGGCCAAGCACAACAUGCAGGCCGCCGUGGAGGAGGCUCUGUGCGGGGUGAGCAGCCUGCUGUGGGACGGAGCGUACCGGCUGCAGGCUCUGGCCUGCGUGUUUGAGCGGGACGACGUCGCUCUGCCCCGCGUUGCUUCUUUCUUCCACCAGGAGGCGCUGAAGCAGCAGGACGAGGCCGAGGCCAUGCUGGGCUACCUGGCUGAGAGGGGGGGCAACUACUGUGGCAAAGACAUCCAGAAGCCGGGCUGUGAGGCGGUGUGUGCCGUGUUACCUGCUCUGGAGCUGCUGCAGCUCCAGCUGAAAGAGGAAGUCGGCAUCCUGGUGGAGCUCAGCCAGCUGGCCCGCAAACACGGCGACCCGCACACUGCCAGUGUUGUCAAAAGCCACUUCCUGACGCCGCGGGUGGACCGUCUGAAACUGCUGGGAGACCUGCUCACCAGUGCCCGCCGGGUGGGCUGCACCGACAACCAGGCGGGGGGUUUCGGGGAGUACAUCCUGAAUGAGCUGCAGGAAGAGCUGACCGGGUGAUCCACCAGGGUCAGUUAAGAAGGGAUGGUCUACUCCUUUAUAUAUAUAUAUAUAUUUUUUUUUACAGAGAAUGAAAGUAAAAUUUCCUCUGUGAAAGAUAAAAAUCUGAUUCUCUCCAAUAGUUGUGACAUUUUGGGAAAUUCUGAGUCAAGAUGGAUAUAAGUUUCAUCUCACUGUGACCAGUGCUAAUACAUGUCCAGGGCAGGUUUAGCCUAGCUUAGCACAAAGACUGGAAGCACGGGGGGAAAACGCUAGUGUAGCUUCAUCAAAAGAGAAAAGAAACACCUUCAGCAGCUCCAAAGCUGUCUGAUUUACAUUCUUGACCGCUUAAAAUUCUCAUUUAAAUAUUGUAAUUGUAAGAUCCUCCAUAAAUUAGCAUUAAACACAGUCAAAGAUAGCUAACUAGCAAGUCGCAACUUGUUAGUCACAUGGUCACUCUUGCUAUUUGUGAGUCGUGUGUGUUUGUUUCUUGUCUUUUAUAAUUACUGUAUAUGUGAAUAGUCACUUUGAGAAACACUUUUUGAUAAACAGGAAAUUAAUUUCAACUUUUUGAGACCAUCCAGGCCGGGCUUAGCCUAGCUUAGCACAGAGACUGGAAGCAGGUGGAGACUGCUAGCCUAGCUCCA